UGUGUGUGUUCAGUUAUAAUCCUCUCAGUGUCUGUCGGGCUGCGCUGUGUUGCUGCUGGUGAAGCGGCUGCUGGGAGAGUAGAGUUACUUACAGACGGGAAGUUUCUCCGGUUUUUCUACGGGACUUUCUGAGGGUAGAGCGGGUCUGAGCUUCUCUGAGAGGACGCUGUUUUUCCUAAUGGCGGAGAGGAAAGCUGCUGUAAAUCCUACGCUGCUCGGAGAAAGGAGGGUAAAUAAACCCGCGGCCAUGACGGAGAGGAUUUAGGGCCCGAGCCGCUUCGUCUGCUGCUGCUGCUGCUGUCCCCUUCCUCCAGAGCCGCUGCGCCGCUUUCUUCACACACAGCGUUACUGAGCCUGAUGUACCGGCUGUGGAGACGUGACGUACCGUUGCCAGAACGCUUUGGGGAAGACUCAGUGGCCGCGAUGGCUCCAGGAUCUCCAGCCACGGCGGCCCCUGCUGGCCCAAACAUUUCCUGGCUGCCCGAGGUUCCACUGCUCACCCCCGAGCGCCCCAUCUUCAUCAUGACCACCACGGCUCAGGCUCUUGCUGGAUUCUUCGUGUGGACGGCUCUGCUGCUCACCUGCCACCAGAUCUACAUGCACUUGCGUUUCUACCGUUCUCCUAAUGAGCAGCGACAUAUCGUACGCAUCCUCUUCAUCGUGCCCAUCUAUGCCUUUGACUCGUGGCUCAGCCUGCUUUUCUUCACUAAUGAUCAGUACUACGUCUACUUUGACACAGUGAGGGACUGCUAUGAAGCAUUUGUGAUCUAUAACUUCCUGAGCCUUUGUUACGAGUAUCUGGGAGGUGAAAGUGCCAUCAUGGCAGAGAUCAGAGGGAAGCCUAUUGAGUCCAGCUGUAUAUAUGGGACUUGCUGUCUCUGGGGCAAGACGUAUUCCAUUGGCUUCCUCAGAUUCUGCAAACAGGCCACGCUACAAUUCUGUGUGGUGAAACCUCUGAUGGCUGCGAUCACCGUCAUCCUGCAGGCCUUUGGGAAGUAUCGUGAUGGAGACUUCAAUGUGGCCAGUGGUUACCUCUAUGUGACCAUCAUCUACAACAUCUCAGUCAGUCUGUCGCUCUACGCUCUCUUCCUCUUCUACUUCGCUACCCGAGACCUGCUAAGCCCCUACAGCCCCAUGCUGAAGUUCUUAAUGGUCAAAUCGGUCAUCUUCCUCUCCUUCUGGCAGGGUAUGCUGCUGGCUAUCCUGGAGAAGUGUGGUGCCAUUCCUCAGAUCAGCUCUGCAGAGGUGUCUGUUGGCGAGGGCACUGUGGCGGCAGGCUAUCAGAACUUCAUCAUCUGCAUUGAGAUGUUCUUUGCUGCUCUGGCACUGCGCCAUGCCUUCACAUUUACAGUCUACAUGGACAAGAGGCUGGACUCUCAGGGCCCUGUUCCAAUAUAUGGACAGUACGGGCGAUCGGCCCCCAUGAAAAGCAUCUCCAGCAGCCUGAAGGAGACCAUGAACCCUGGGGACAUGGUGCAGGACGCCAUCCACAACUUCUCCCCAGCCUAUCAGCAAUACACCCAGCAGUCCACUCUGGAACAGGGCACCACAGCACCACCGGUCUCUCGCAGUCACAGCUGCGUCAGCGCCAGGGACAAUGAGAAAACCCUGCUGCUCAGCUCAGACGAUGAGUUUUAACUCAGUACAGUAGUCUCCUUCUUCAGUGUCCCAGUCCACGUAGAGGUGCUCUUUUUCACGAUGUCUCUAGGAACAGGUUCUGCAGUGCUGCAGUGGCUUCAUGUACUGAUGGUGUGAGUACAGCUGAUUUCUCUUAGGGACACAUCAUCAUCAUUAGAGGACCAUAUGGCAACUAAACAAUCCAAGGAUUUAUAUGUUUAAAGCUGGUAGAAGAGUAUUAGGAUUACUGCUGCUUAUUGUUUCAUUAUUACUCAUGAUGAAACAACAAAGACUUUAGUGAACGCCUUUUGGUACGCUAUGGUCUGCCUUGCUUGCUUCUAGAAAUAAUAAAAAAAAAUAUUUAAAGGGUUUAGAACCUGAUCACAGUUAAGUUUCAGUAGUUAAGCGACUGUAUUUAGACAGUUUAAGAAGUGGUCAUGAGCAUUUGAGCACAUUUAUACUUGAAAUGAGGUGACUUUGGGUGGGUUUUCCAGGUUGUGAGAAUAAAAAAGUAAUUUUUGAACUCCAGGAAUGUUGCUAACUGUUAAAUACGUGUAGGCCUGUCACAAUAACUCCAAAAAAGGAUUGGGAUAAACAAUAUUAUUGUCUUUUUAAGACAGUUAUGCCUCUGGCAUAAUGAUAAUGCAAUUACACUCUUUCAUAGAGCAAUUCACUUUUGAUAUUUAAGGAUAUUAAGUCAUUGCAUUUAGAUUAAAUAUAGGUUUUGGCAUAUAAGAGGUUGGUAUACUGGCUCAUGCACAUAAACACUUCACAUAAAAACUCUUUACAUUUAUUAUAUAAACAUAAUAGAAAAUACAUUUAUAACAUGUUUAUAACAUUAUCAUUGUGAUGGGCCUAAACAUGUUGUUGUUGUUUUUUUUUCUUUUAAUUUAUUUUUAAUAUUUUUUGAAGAGGAGGAUUUGCCUCUGAUGUUUUCCAAGUUGAAGCUCCGCCCUGCAUAAGAUUGACAGCUUUGUUUUACAGUGUUCCCAGACGUGGUGUAAAGGGACAGAGCGAGGGAAUAUGCUGAUCUGUGGCAGCUGUCUGGAGUACAUUGUUGUCAUUCUUUUUGUGUUUUUUUUUUGUUUUGUUUUUUUUCCGAUUGAUGCACAGGGAGCCGAGUAGAGGAGCAGUUGAUGGGACUUGAUGAGAUUACAGAUUAAGAGAAAUCUGCUCUUGGCUUGGCUGAAGGGGGCGAGUGCUCAGCAGACUGGAUUAUAAGGGCGUAAUUGGGGCGUUAUUUUGCGCCGUGGAGAUUAGCACAGGCUUUCGUCAAUAUGUCAGACAGGAGACCACUGCAGUAAAACCCACUAUCUGGGUUAGCUGCGUGGGUGAAAUAAAAUCUAGGUUAUAGAUGCGCGGUGGAGUGGUCAGGGGCGUACUUAAUGCUGCUAAUAUUCAAAGCAGAAUCGUCAACAAAGACCCAGAUGUUUCACAGUGAGGUGAAACAUAUAAAACAUAUAAGAUGAUGCUGUAAAAAAUUCUUUGUUUUAUAGUUUUAUCUUUGUAUUUUUUUGCUUUUACUUUUUAAUGCUUAUUAAGGCAGCAGGUAUGUUAUAAAUUUAAUUAUUAUAAAUGAAUAGGUUUACAAUAGGUUCUUUAGGCUUGUUGUUUCUUGAUAGCCAAUAGAGGGCAGCAUCUUGUACGUUUACGUCAUUCACAUGGGGACAGCUCCACCUUAUCUCAGAAGGACACAGCAGCUGCUGCGUGUGUUUCAGUGGGAGGGUCACAUUGAUAUUUCCUUCAUGUUUGCUGUCGUUUUCUCUUUGAUAGCACUAGAGCCUUACUGACUAGUCAGGGUCUGACCUGUGGGCUUUGAUAGGUCUUUAGUAUAUCUAGUAUAUCAGGCAGCUUUGGAGUAUUUAGUGCAAUAGAGGCCAGUAUACAUGAUCUAGCUGCAUCAGCAGGCAAGUACAAACAUUUAUGGUACCUGCUUUUAGUUUUAGUUUUUGGCGUGUGAUUAUAUAUAUUUUUAUGACUAUUUUUGCAAAUAUUUAUCACUAGUGCACUAAAGGGGCUAUUCUCCACAUUCAGAAAAUAGUGUCAGGCCUUUUUUUGUUGUUUUUCCUUUAAAAAGAUAAGAAAGCUAAUCCCUCAUUUAUUCUGAACAGUUUUUAGAGAGUGAGAGAAAGACAAUGUUCACACUACAGAAUAUAAUAAAGACAAUUAGGGGUGUACUCUCACUAUGUUGGCUUGUUUUGUACCAUGCCCGGGCACAAGUGCUUGGGCUUAAUCCCUGUCUUGUAAAACUGCCUCAAUAUGCCUGUUUUUUUUAUUUUUUAUCAACAACAAUAAUAUAAUAAUAAUUCAUUGUGCCUAAUUUGAAACUGCAAAACAAACAAUUGCAGUAUACCUUGGCUCCUACUAAUAAUCAUCUUCUUUGGUUAAAUUAUUAAUGGAUAAACACCACAACCGGAUUAUUUACAAAGCCCUGUCCCCUCCUUAUUUUACUUUUUUCUCUCUUUCUAUGAAAAUAUGAUGCAAGUCUUCUUAAAUUAAUACACAUGCACAGAUUUGGCGGACAGUGCAGACUGUAUUUAUUUUGUGGUUUAUUUGGAGUCUAUUAUGAAACGGCGGCAUGGUUGGUGACGAUGACAGUAGAUUCAUACCGUUCCAAAGUCCAACCAAACUGUUCUUGGCCCACAUCUGUAAGCAGGCCUGGGCAAAGUUUACUCUACUGAGCUCACUCUAGCGAAACAAACUGGGCUUUUGAUUGGGAGCCUGCUCGCUCAUGGUACGUAAUUCAUAGUGUGAGUAAACCCAUAGAGACAGCAUUAAAAGAUGGGGAUCAAGUAAAUGCUAAAUUGUUAUUUUUACAUUUUUUAAAAAGCUGUUGUAUAUUUUUCCUUCAAAGAUUGUGCUUCUAUUUUUCCUUGUGAUGUUGCAACAAAGCUCUAGAACAAUAAACAAGAAUUUUGUCUGUA